GACCCUCCCUAGCAAGGGGAAAAUCAGAAUCAGUGCGCUGUUCCCGCAGGCGCGAUGCAACAUCAGCAGCUGGACAGCAAGGCGGUCUUCCUCCCUGCCUAUUAAUUAUCUGCUCUUUACCAUCUCCGGGUUCCGGCUUUGGCAAAGUGCACCCAAGACCCGGGAAGGAAACCACCACCACCUAGCAUCCUUUACUGCCUGGGGUUUCGGCCUUGACUAGAUGGCGAACAGGGGUCCGAGCUAUGGCCUAAGCCGCGAGGUGCAGGAGAAGAUAGAGCAGAAGUAUGACGCUGAGCUGGAGAACAAGCUGGUGGACUGGAUCAUCCUGCAGUGCGCCGAGGACAUAGAGCAUCCGUCUCCAGGCAGGACCCAUUUUCAGAAAUGGCUAAUGGAUGGGACGGUCUUGUGCAAGCUGAUAAACAGUUUGUACCCACCAGGACAAGAACCAAUCCCCAAGAUCUCAGAAUCAAAGAUGGCUUUUAAACAGAUGGAGCAAAUCUCCCAGUUCCUAAAAGCUGCAGAGAGUUAUGGCGUCAGGACCACUGACAUUUUCCAGACUGUGGAUCUAUGGGAAGGGAAGGACAUGGCAGCAGUGCAGAGGACUCUGAUGGCUCUAGGCAGUGUUGCAGUCACCAAGGAUGACGGCUGCUAUAGGGGAGAGGCGUCCUGGUUUCACAGGAAAGCCCAGCAGAAUCGAAGAGGAUUUUCAGAGGAGCAGCUUCGCCAGGGACAGAACGUAAUAGGCCUGCAGAUGGGCAGCAACAAGGGAGCAUCCCAGGCAGGCAUGACUGGGUACGGGAUGCCCAGACAGAUCUUGUGAGAUGCUGCCCCUGCUUCCUAGUAGAGAAGAGGAAUGUUUCACACUGCAGUCUCUGUGAUAAAGAAAUAGCUAGUCACCUUCUGACCUUCUCUUUCUCAAAGCCUCCUGCCCCUGGUUUUUGCAAGUGCUGCAUUUUUGCUGAGAAUCCGUGUUGCCUACUGCUGCCACCUUCUGUUCAUUUAGAACUAUGCAAAGACUCCGCUCCCUUCCUCCUCCUGAACUUCCCAACCCCCACACACCUUUGCCCUGAAUAUCUUUUUGUCUAUUUAUUUAUUUAUUUGCCAAAAAGUUCCCUCCUCAACUUACAGAACACACCGAAUAAAACAAAUUAGUCUUGUGUCUUAAA